AGAGUCAAGCUGUCAAAUGCUUGUUGCUCGAAGGAAAGUCGGCGCUAGUGUUUAAAAAAAAAAAAAAAAAAAAAAAAAAAAAAAGUAUCGCGUUAACCGUAAAGGACGUGCUCUCGCUUCAAAUGCUGUUCGGACGAUAAAAUGUAUAAUAGUGCGUCGAGUUUUUAAUUUGAUGUUUAAAAUAAACUCGUUAGUAUAUAUAAAUCUCUCUAUAUAUUCGCUCCCAGUUUGGCUGUACUGGGUGGGUUGCCGUGUCGGCUCGUGACUGUCGGUGAGGCUAGCGGCGAGAUUUCGUGGCGAUGAGACCGUUAUCAAGAAGUGCCUUUCAGAUGACUCCCCGUGUCACUGAUCUCUGGUCUCUGCCUGCCUGUACCACCCACACUCCUCUCUCUCCACCUCAGUCAGAGUACUAAUCCUCCCACCUCAAACCGUUCCUUUCUCCACCUGACUGCAGCAUUCAGUCCCACCCACAGCCACAGGAAAUCAUAAAGAGGGGAGGAAAUUAUAAACUGAGCCUGCUGUCAAAGUAGUCAGAGGAUCAUGCUAUGCAGGAACAUUACAUUUCUUGAAUAAAAACAGACGUGUGAUUCACAAUCCACCAACCUAUUACAGUGUCCUUUUGCAGCAAAUAAUUAACUCAGACAUCUUGAACGUAGUGCACAAGUGCCCAUAUAUCUCGUUUAGUGAGUUUCACUGUGGCUGUCAGCAAAAUGUCUGUGGCAUUGCCAGCUGUGCGUGACACUAAGUGGCUGACUCUGGAGGUGUGUCGUCAGUUCCAGAGAGGCACGUGCUCUCGCAGUGACGAAGAAUGCAAAUUCGCUCACCCACCCAAGAGCUGUCAGGUGGACAAUGGUCGAGUCAUUGCCUGUUUCGACUCCCUCAAGGGUCGGUGUUCAAGGGAUAACUGUAAAUACCUACACCCUCCAUCUCACCUGAAGAGUCAGCUGGAGAUCAAUGGAAGGAACAACCUGAUCCAGCAGAAGACGGCUGCAGCCAUGCUGGCCCAGCAGAUGCAGUUCAUGCUGCCAGGAUCCAGCCUGCCUGCUGUGUCUUCCUUUCCUGUUGGUCAGAGUCUGGGGCCAGGACCUGGGAUCAGCUACUCCCCCUACCUCUCUCCUGUCACUCAUGGGAUGGGGCUGGUUGCCACGGAGAUGCUCCCGAGCAACUCUGUGAUUGUCCCUGGCAGCCCUGCGUUAGCAGUGCAGAGCUCAAACUCCUCUUCCUCAUCCCAGAAAACACUGCGCUCUGACAAACUGGAGGUGUGUAGAGAGUUUCAGCGGGGGAACUGCUCCCGAGGAGAGACAGACUGUCGGUUUGCCCACCCUAGCGACAGCCCCAUGAUUGACAGCACUGAUAACACAGUGACAGUCUGCAUGGACUAUGUGAAGAGCCGCUGCUCCAGAGAGAAGUGCAAAUACUUUCACCCUCCUGCUCAUUUGCAGGCACGCCUCAAAAGCUCUCAGAGCACCCAGAGCACUGCCGCAACUGCUGCUAUGACUCAGUCAAGUGCCAAAGUGCUGAAGCGACCCCUCGAGGCAACUGUUGACAUGGCUUUUCAUCACAGCAUGUUGCAGCCACUGGCUAAGCGAGUGGCUCUAGAGAAGAGUGCAGGGCAUGGUGGUCUAUUAAACCCUAGUGUUCUUCACUACCAGCAAGCUCUCGCCAACACACCUCUGCAGCCUUCUACUGCACUGUUCCCUACAGGCUCAGUCUUGUGCAUGUCUCCCGGACCUGGCAUCGGUUGGAGAAUACAUGGCAAGGGAUUGGAGACCAUUCCUCCAUACAGAAUCUCUCCAGAUCCUUUCGAGGUCCAUGCUGGUGGACUCUCCUCUUCAGGUCACCCCACAGGUUUUCUAUGGGUUUCAAGACAGGGGACUGGGAUGGCCAUGGCAGGACCUUCAUGUUGUGUUCCCAUGAUGCUCAGUGCCCCGCCUGCUACCGCCUCCGCUCCUGCUGCAAGCCCCUACGCUGCUGCCGCCGCGGCAACCGCCAAUCAGAUCAUUUUGAAAUAGAGCGCAGGAGAGGGACAGAGUGCCAGCGCAACACACACACACUUCUUAAACAGCGAGUGUGUGGAUAUAACAUCCUCAACUCCACAGAAUUACUGCUACAUGCAUGCUAAUACACACACACACACACACACACACAGAAAACAUUUUCCCUACAGUUAUGCUCAAUAAAUACAUUGUACAGACAUAUAUACAAUAUAUACGCAACAAGAAACUAAUCAAUAAUAUAUGUUUCUAAACUAGUUUCACUGAAACAAAACAUACUCUUUUUGCUUGUUUAAGUACAUUAUAUAAUUAUACAGCUAUACACAGUAUCAUCACCAGUGUUGAGUAGGAAGUCAUUCAACACUUGUUUUUACUGUGUGACUCUAUUUGCACUUUUUUUUUUUCAAGAAAAAGGGCAACAUCUUGAGAAAGACUAUUAGAAGCCUAGUUUGAGGAUUUACACAAUUAUCUCCAAGCUGAGUCCAGAGAUACUGAUUUAUGAGAGUUUAUCUGCCUGCACCGGCAUCAGAAAGGACUGUAUAACCCAGUGCCGAAGCACGUCAAAGCCAUGCAGGAGGAUGGCAGGCAGCACGUCAAAACCCUGUAGAAGAAUGUCAAACGGCAUGUGAAAGCUAUGCAGGAGAAGGACAGAGUGAGUUCACCUCUCAGCUCCACACUUAAUGCUUUGCCUGAGCACCGCUGCAAAACAGCAGGCUGGAUAAAGAGAACUCUGUUAGCCAAAUUAUUGAUAGAGAAAAAAACAAACAAAAAGAUUUUCAUCUUUAACAGUGGCCAAACAGAAUAGUGACACACUAACCCUUUAAAACUUGAUGUGAAUCUGAACUUUAUUACUUUACUACAGCUGUUCUUUUAUAAUUUCUUUAGCUGAAAAUUUAGCAUUAAAGUUUCGCCACAGUACAGGUUAUUCUCUUAUUCUCUUGAUACUGUGUCGUCGGAAGCGAGUGAAAAAGAGAGAAACAAAGAGAUGAUUGCGUGCACCUGUGUGAUUUUAUGUGUGUGUGUGUGUUUGUGCAUAGUAACGGAGCAUAGCAUAAGUUACUACAUCUGGGCUCUACAGCUAGGCUCAGCGUCUAGACGUCCCAGCAGUAUGAUCUGUGUGUUUAGUCGAGCCAAACUGGCCUGCGUUCAUCCUGUUUUUGGUUUCUGUAUUUAUUCUGUUAUGAUUCUGUAUAAGUGCCUAACAAUGUUCUUUACAAACAUAAUGUGGAUAUAGAUCUGAACUGUUCAUGUUUCAUUUUGUUGCUGCAAUCUGUCAUUCUCUCUCAAAAAAGGUUAAAAAAAAAAAAAACUGUUUAAAAGGUUGACCAUGGAAGUCAUGUACACUGUUGAUUUUUUUUUUUUUUAAAUCACUGAUGAAAAGAAUAACAGAUUUCUUAGUACUAACAAAAAAUUAUGUCCUAUAUAAGAGGAGUCUGUGACUGCUGUGUGGGAAAGCCCUUUCUCUACUCUGCGUAUAGAAUUAUCAAGCCCUUUUAUUACAAGCUGAAUCUGAGGUGGGAAAGCUGCAGAUUAUUGAAUCUCAGACUUAUAGCACCUGUAGAGAAACGGUCCUCCCAAAGUAGCACUUCUUCAUUUAAUCAGUAUCUUUGGGUCAAAAUCAUAAUUAAAAUAGAUGUUUUAUUGGUCUUGAAUCCCAUAGGCCUGUGUAAGAUUCUACUUACAUUUAUUUCAUAGAGCAGUGACUGACAACAGUCUGACAUGUAACUGACCUAAUACUUAAUAGCUCUAUUAUUCUAAUCCACUUUAAUUUAGCAGACAGUCAGUCAUAUAAUUUUAUAUAAUUUGUAUGUGUGUUUAUGUGUUUUUAUGAGCGUUUUAAUUCAGGGCGGAGAUAAAAUGCCAUGUGAGAACCUAGACAAUCUUUAGUUUAGAUACGCAAAGGCACUGCUCAGACUUGUAGUCAUUUAACUUCUCAGCAUUGCCUGAGGAUAAUUUAUGUUGUGAUCUAUAAGAUAUAUGAGAACUAUUAUGUAAUGUUACGGUAUUGAUUGUGGUUAAUGGACCAUUGUUCUGUUUUGUUUUGAGAUGAAUGUAAUUUAUUUGAUGUAGGGCCUUGUUGUUCAGAUGCUGUUUUAAAAGGCCAGCCUGGUGCCACCUUCCUCUCCUGCAUCACCUGACUUGUGUAGGAAGAGAAAUGCAGGGUGCUUGACUUUGGAAAGUUACAGUGUCCUCACUAAAAAGCAUUAAGCUUUACGUCGUAUUACACAGUUGUUUGUGAAUCUAAUGCUUUGAAAUAAUAGUCGUCGUUUGAGGUGUGUAACUACGGCAGAAGUCAGCUUCUGUGAAAGAGAAGCCUGGCAGUGUUUAAUGCAGGUAGCCAGCUGAGAGAAGCACUCAACGCUGCAUGACGCAUCAGUGCAGGUCAGGCUGCAGAAGUGUUCAUGUAAUGUCAAAUUAAAGUUAACACAGCAUUUCAUUUUAUAGUUCAGUUUUGCGUGCUAAUAUUUUAGAACAGUACUAAUUUGUUAAUGUGACAGUUCAAAAUUGCUAUGAAUGAAACUGUUUUUGUAAGUGAUGUUGCUGUUAUGUUUUUUCUUUUCUUUUUUUUUUUUUCAAGAUGGUAGGUUCAAGUAUAUCUUCCCACUGCUGGAAGAAUACUUAGUUUCAAUGCCUUAUUGUCAUGGACCAUACUAUUUAAUUGAAAAAAAAAAAAAAUACUAGUCUUAAAAUUUUUUCACUUAUUCUAAUAAAUGUUUAUACAGGUUUAUUUCCAUUGUCCAGGUGUAAAUGCACAUUCGUUGGAAUUUUUAUUUUAAUUUUUUUUUCUUUUUUCUUUUCUUCUUUUUUUUUUAAACAACAUAGUAGUGCUAAUAAAGCAGUGUGUCAUCACUCUGGAGCAUGAGCACAAUCCUGCUGUAACACUAUGACUAUAACAGAUCAAACACCACUGACAUUACAAUAGAAUUGUGGUUUUAUUUCAGAGAUAAUCAUAGAAAUAGGAAUGUUUACUGCUUUGUCCCUAAGGCUGAUCUAGAGUUAGAGAGCCUCAUGUUCUCUCUCCCAUUACAGAAAUUCUACUAAACACGUGAAUGUGUCUCAUCAUCAGUGUGUAUCAGUGCGUCUCCUGCUUUCUUCGUGUCAGUCUGGUGGAUAAGAAUUUCAGAAUGUAAUUUAUCUCUUGACUGUUGUAGCACAUUCUGGACAGGUUUAUGACUCGAGGGCUACAGUGCACUCACUACCUUAGUCUGUUCACAUGUGAUCUUUGCCUUAUCUUCUAUGUGUUGCUCUGACCAUUUUAUGUCUCUUAAUGUUGUUUGAAAGCUUUUGUAAAACAGAAGACCGUAUUGGCUCUCCUACACCUAAAUGUAAAAUAACUAAAUAUUCAACAAUCUGAUGCUAAAGAAGGGUCUGUAUAGUAAAACCUUUUUCUCCACACCUUGAGCGAACGUGUAGGUUUAGUGCCCAAAGAUUGCUAAUGCAAGCAGGAUAAAUACCUGGAUAUGUUGCUUCCUGAUGUGGAGAACAGGCUUUCAAAUAACAGAUGUACUAAGCUGUACUAUGUUUUCUGAGCACUACCUUGUUCCUAGGCUCUAUUCAAUACCAGAUACAAGGAAGGAUUCACACUGUCAAAUUCCAUGCAGAUUAAUUAUGCCACACAUUAUAAGAAUUUAAAGAGCUUUUUAUAUGUUUCUUUGUGUAAUAUUAAGUAGUUUAUUGCUUCUUUUGGUUCUGUAAACAUAAAGUUUGUAAAAUAUAUUGUCACAAAGUGAAUAAAAUCCUUUAAUGACCA